ACAAUUUAAGGACUUGUUGGCGAAGUUCUUAAGCAAAUAGAAAUUAGCAGACCACCUGAGCAGUCACUACAUAGUUCUUCCGCACUUUGAAUUAGGGCAGAUACUACCCCCAUCCAAAUAACAUUUAAUAACCAAAUAAGUACGUAGUUGCACCAUUAAAAUACUUGCAACAACUGUAACAUCAACAACAAUAUAAAUAAGCAAAACUAAUAACCCUCAAAAAAAAAAAAAAAUCUCAAAUAAUCUCAUUUUAUUCACCAGUUUAACGUAUAACUUUUAAUUAUGAUUAGCGUUCUUUUUAUUGCCAAUAGACUAUUUAGCAGUAUGGUUAAGCAGGGUCCCAGACCAGUGGUUGUAUGUGGACCUUCGGGUUCUGGCAAAAGUACUCUGCUGAAUAGACUAUUUGCAGAAUUUCCCAAUACUUUUGGUUUUAGCGUAUCGCAUACUACGCGUAAACCACGCCCCGGAGAGGAGGACGGUGUUCACUAUAACUUUGUCAGCCGUGAGGAUAUGGAAAAGGCUGUGGCCAAUGGUGAAUUUAUAGAAUCGGCUACAUUUGGUGGCAACAUGUAUGGCACUAGUAAGGAAGCUGUGCGUAAGGUACAGAAUGCCGGUAAAGUUUGUAUUUUAGAUAUUGAACCCCAAGGUGUGGAGCAGGUGAAGAAGACCAAUUUAAAUCCCAUACUAAUCUAUAAUAAUCCACCUUCUGUGGAGGCUUUGGAACAACGUUUACGUAAACGUGGCACCGAAACCGAAGAAUCUUUGAAGAAACGUUUAGAUGCUGCCGUUUCUGAGAUUACAUAUGGUUUAACACCUGGUAAUUUCCAGAAAAUUAUCCAUAACAUUGAUAUUGAUCGUGCCUACGAAGAGUUUCGUGAAUUUAUUAUUGCCGAAUUGAAGGCUCAAGAAGCGGCCGGCAUUACAAUUGCUUGGUAAUGUCU